AAUGCACUUCCCAGUCCUCUCAGCAUGGCUAAUCACCGCUCUCUCGCUGUCUCCUCUCGUCACAGCUAAGACAACCCCCAAACCCCCGGCGCUCGACUUCCUCUACACCGUCUUUGUGGAAUGUACCAAUACCCUCAUGCUCUCCACCGGGCCCCACGGCAUCCGCAAAGCCAUCCCAAUUGUCGGUGGGAACUUCACCGGUCCAAGGUUAUCAGGUAAAAUCCUCGACGUCGGCGCCGACUGGGGCCUCGUCGACCCCGCAACGGGAAUUUUCUCCGCCGAUACGCGGUACAACCUCCGCACCGACGACGGGGCGGACAUUUUUAUCCAAACCUCCGGGCCUCAGUCGCCGAGCGGACAGCUGCAUCUGCGGUUGGUGUUUGAGACGGGGAGUAGGGAGUAUUACUGGUUGAAUAAUGUGCUUGGGGUCGGGGUGCUGACCCAUGUGGCGGAUAUCAAUUCGACCUCGAUUUUAAGGAUUGAUGCUUGGAAUAUGGCUUCGGAUUGGAACUCGACAACGUUUCUGGAUGCUUAG